AUGGCUUCUUCCCGUCAAAUCCCCCUCAGCACGCAUACGCCUUCCGCCGAAGCGGCUGCCCCCCAUCGCGGGUCUUCUCCCCCUCUCACCGAGGCGCCUCCCACUUCGUCUGCACCAUCGCAACCCCAGGCGCCCGCUGUUCGCGACGCCCCGAACGCUUCUGCAACCCCGGCGCCCGUUGUUCGCGACGCCCCAAACGCCUCUGCAACCCCGGCUACAUCGAGUAAGUCUUCCUCCACGCGCCUUCCUUGUUAUCUUUGGAUCAUUUUUGCUCAAUUCUUUCAACAUGCAUCGCAGCGCCAAUCAUAG